CGGGCCCUGGGCGGACGGCGGGUGCCUGGCGGCGGGACUGACCCCGCGCCCGCGGAUGCGCCGGGAUCAGCCCCCGCGCCCCGCCGCACCGCCGCCGCAGGGUAGCCACUGGGUCGUCGGUUCUCCCAGGGCGCCCGCACGCCCGCCUGGACCAGGCUGCCCAGAUGCGGGCGCCACUCUGCCUCUUGCUGCUUGUCGCCCACGCCGUGGACAUGCUCCCCCUGAACCGAAGGAAGAAGCAAGUGGGCACUGGUCCGGGGGGCAACUGCACAGGCUGUGUUAUCUGCUCAGAGGAGAAUGGCUGCUCAACCUGCCAGCAGAGGCUCUUCCUGUUCAUCCGUCGGGAGGGUAUCCGCCAGUACGGCAAGUGUGUGCACGACUGUCCCCCCGGCUACUUCGGCGUCCGCGGCCAGGAAGUCAACAGGUGCAAAAAAUGCGGAGCCACGUGUGAAAGCUGCUUCAGCCAGGACUUCUGCAUCCAGUGCAAGAGGCGGUUUUACCUGUACAAGGGAAAGUGUCUGCCCACCUGCCCGCCAGGCACUGCGGCCCAGCAGAGCACACGGGAGUGCCAGGAGGAGUGUGAGCUGAGCCCCUGGGGCAGCUGGAGCCCUUGUACACACAACGGGAAGACCUGCGGCUCGGCCUGGGGCCUGGAGACCCGCAUGCGGGAGGCCGGCCGGGCCGGGCGGGAGGAGGCAGCCACCUGCCAGGUGCUGUCUGAGUCAAGGAAAUGCCCCAUCCGGAGGCCCUGCCCAGGAGAGAGAAACCCCAAUCGGAAGAAGGGCCAGAGAGAGCGGCGCCCGCGCAAGGACCGGAAGCUGGACGGCAGGGGGGACGGGAGGCCCCGGCCAGCGCCCACCUAGGAGCCCAACCUGCAGCCAGGGCCUUGGCCAAUCCAAGAGUUCUCUCUCGCCCCUUCACUCUCUAGCUGUUCCCCCUCCUCUCCCUUCCCUGUUCUCUUUUUCUCACUCACAUCUCCUCUCUCUUUUCUCCUGCAUUUCCUACAUUUCUGCCACCUUGGUUUUCCCCUCCUUCCUACCCUUCCUUUCUCCUUUUUCUUGCUUUCCUUUUAUCUUUUCCUUUCCUCCUAUUUUUCUUCACUGUGUCCC